GUAGUUUCUGUAACUGUGAACCCAGAGGUCUCAGCAUUUACAUGCACUUUAUGACACUCCUGUGAUUGACACAGAUAAAAAAGAUGGACGACAUCGACGCAAUGUUCAGUCACCUGCUAGGAGAGAUGGAUCAUCUCUCUCAGAGUUUAUCAGAGUCAGCAGAAGCUAUUCCUGCCUCACAGAGACGGAGCACCUUCUCCAUCUCCUUCACAGAUCUAAACGAGUCUCUCAAUGAGCUGGAGGAUCAGGACCUGGAUGCUCUGGUGGCUGACCUCAGAUUACAGUCGACCACCUCAGAGGUUUUCACAGAUCAACAAACCAGCAGCAGAACUGAUAAACAAGCUGCAGAGUCACCCAUGACUCAGCAAUCUGAGCCUGCAGCUGCCCUUCCUGAGCCAUCUAACACUGCUGGAUCCUCCAGAGGGCAGAUGAGUGAACCCCAGACAAAAGCGGACAAAAUAAAACUGGCUCUGGAGAAACUGAAAGAAUCCAGUUUGAUCGUAAAAGUGCUGAUGAGUGACAGCAGCUCAAAGAUGCUGAUGGUGGACGAAAAACAGGCGGUCAGGGAGGUUCUGGACAAGCUGUUUGAGAAGACACACUGCGACUGCGGCGUGGACUGGAGCCUGUGUGAGACCAACCCUGAACUGCAGAUUGAAAGAGGCUUUGAGGACCAUGAGAAUGUGGUGGAGCCACUGUCUGUGUGGACUCAGGAAAGUGGAAACAAAGUCUAUUUUGUGUCCAGGCCUCAGAAGUAUGUUAUGUUCAAGAACCCUGAGUUAUUUUAUAUGUGGAAAAAGAAGACGGCGAGUUUGAGUGGGGUUAACGAGCAAGCCAGACAGCUCUUACUAAAGGAGCAUUUUGGAGGUUCUACUCUGAUUGUUCCUGACCUAGAGGGCACGCUGUUCCUAAAGGAGGACGGGAAAAAAGUUUGGAAACCUCGCUACUUUGUUCUCAGAGCCUCAGGCCUCUACUACGUACCCAAAGGAAAGACGAAGUCUUCCAGUGAUCUCGCCUGCUUUAUCCAUUUUGAAAAAGUCAACAUCUACACAGCUAUCAACUACAAACAGAAGUACAGAGCUCCCACUGACUUCUGCUUCGUACUGAAGCAUCCACGCAUCCAGAAAGAGUCAGACUACAUCAAGUUCCUGUGCUGUGAGGACAAACACAGCCUGCUGCUGUGGGUCAACUCCAUCAGGAUAGCAAAGUAUGGGACUGUCCUGUAUGACAACUAUCAGGCUGCUGUGAGGAGAGCCACCCACAGUCUGCAGACCCUCCACUCUGCUGCACACACAGACAAAUCCAACGGUCAUGUUGAAGAGUACCCACAUGAGCCGCCACCUGACUUCAUCCCUCCUCCUCCUCCUGGACAGACACAAGUUUGAGGUUCAUCUUAGUUUUCCUUUCUGAUUUAAGGACAAAUUUAGCUUUAAUCAUUCUUUUGCACAUGUCAAACCUGCAUCUAAAUAAAAUUUUAGAGAUGCCUACA